AUGUUCUGGCUCGUGCUGGCCUAUAUCCAGCUGGUGUUUUUCAAAGCCCUGUAUUGGAUUCGAAACCACGACAAAUACAUGCUUGUCAAGUCCGCUGCUUUCGCUCAUAUCCCCCACCCCAACAUGAAGCUCGAGUCUCCGGAGUGUGGUCUCCCUGGCUGUGCUCUACUUGAUCAUCAUACGUACCUCGAUGGCGCCAAAUGCGGCAAAUUCCCCGAGCUGCGCUGGAACUCGCCUCCUGCUGGAGAUGUUAAAGAAUUUGUCUUGUUCUGCGAGGACCCCGAUGUGCCCGUACCUUUCAUGGUCUUUGUUCACGGACUCUUCUUCGCUAUUCCAGCCACCUGCUUCGUCGCCUAUCACGACGACAUUGAGGAGAACCCCAACGUCGAGGGCCGCGUCACUUUCGCCGGCUGGAAGUACGUGCCUAACAUUCUCGGAUCCUCCUACGUCGGUGCCUGUCCCCCCUAUGGUCAUGGCUACCACCGUUACUUCUUCACCAUUGUUGCUCUGAGUGAGCCUCUCGGCCUGGCUCAGCCUGACAAGGCCACCGUUGCCAGUGUGAAGUGGGCGAUGGAGGGCAAAGUAAUUGGAUGGGGCCAGUGGCUCGGCGUGUUCAAGCGUCAUCUUCCUCAGUAA